GGCUCCCCGGCGAUGAGGAGGAGGCGGCUCCCGCCCGCCCGCAGCUGCCCGGCUCGCUAAGCCGAGCCCCGCUUGGCGCACGCCGCCCAGGAGGGGGGGGCUCUGCCGGGAGGGGCCCGAGGAGCAGCAGCCCCGUUGGCCCCGGCAGCCCCCUGCAGAGCGAGGCGGCCGCGCGGCGGGGACGGCGGCUCUGAGCCCAGCUGGUGCCGGCGGAGGAGGUGGAGAAGGCAGGAGCAGCGGGGGGAGGGGGGAUGGUUUUCUCUCCCGGUCUCUCUGCCGCGGCGUCUUUGCUCCGCGAGCAGCGGCAGCCCGGGGAAUGACUCUGCCGCAGCCGAGCCGCUCUGCUCCGGGGGGUGCGCGGGGCCGCCGGCCGCUGCCCUGAGCGCGCUCCGAAGUUGGGAGGCGAGGGCGCCGCCGGGCUCGCCCCGCUGGCGGAGCGGCAGGACCAGGAGGCAAAGGAGCGACUUGGGGUGCUUGCCCCCCCCCCCCCGGUCCCCCCUUCCCGGGGCUGUGCCGCCCCGCGCCCAUGGCUGGCUCCGGGAGGCAGCGCGCCGCCGCCGCAGGUUGCUGAUGGGGACGGAGCGCUCCGGACCGGACUGAAGAAAUGCUGAUUUCAGUAAUUUGCAAAAAAUAGCGUAUGGAUUUUUAGCAACUGAAGAACAAGAUAAGGUCUCGAUUCUGGAUAUUGGUUGUGGGUUUUUUUUUUUAAUUUUUAUGAUUAUAAUUUUUGGUUGGCUUUUUCCCCUUCCCCUGUGGAUGUGAAUUGAGGACCUACGGAGGAGCUCUGGACGAGGGAACAGGAGGACGCUUACUUCAUUUUAUUUGGAAACGCUCGUUGCCGCGGUACCUUCAAGUUAUAUUCCACAGUCAUGUGGUCAUCACAGCUGCUGUUUUUCACAAUGCUCUUAGCACCAGCAGUGCAUGCUUUCAGUCGUGCCCCCGUUCCUAUGGCCGUGGUCCGACGGGAACUGUCCUGUGAGAGCUAUCCAAUAGAACUUCGCUGCCCGGGAACAGAUGUCAUCAUGAUUGAAAGUGCCAACUAUGGUAGGACCGAUGAUAAAAUCUGUGACUCUGAUCCUGCUCAGAUGGAGAAUAUCCGCUGUUAUCUGCCAGAUGCCUAUAAGAUUAUGACUCAAAGAUGCAGUAAUCGUACACAGUGCGCCGUGGUAGCAGGCCCUGAUGUGUUUCCAGACCCUUGCCCGGGAACGUACAAAUACCUGGAAGUGCAGUAUGAAUGUGUUCCUUACAAAGUGGAACAAAAAGUUUUUCUUUGUCCUGGCCUACUAAAAGGUGUAUACCAGAGUGAACAUUUAUUUGAGUCAGACCAUCAGUCUGGGGCUUGGUGCAAGGAUCCUCUACAGGCUUCUGACAAGAUUUACUACAUGCCCUGGACCCCAUACAGAACUGACACCCUGACGGAGUAUUCUUCCAAGGAUGAUUUCAUAGCUGGGAGACCAACGACCACCUAUAAGCUCCCUCACCGGGUAGAUGGCACUGGAUUUGUAGUGUACGAUGGGGCUUUGUUCUUCAACAAGGAGCGAACCAGGAAUAUAGUCAAGUUUGACUUGAGGACAAGAAUAAAAAGCGGGGAGGCUAUCAUAGCAAAUGCCAAUUACCAUGACACCUCUCCUUACAGGUGGGGAGGCAAGUCCGACAUAGACCUAGCGGUGGAUGAGAACGGGCUAUGGGUAAUCUAUGCAACAGAACAAAACAAUGGCAAAAUUGUCAUUAGCCAGUUAAACCCUUACACCUUAAGGAUCGAAGGGACGUGGGAUACAGCCUAUGACAAAAGGUCGGCUUCCAACGCUUUCAUGAUCUGUGGGAUUUUAUAUGUGGUGAAGUCGGUGUAUGAAGAUGACGACAAUGAAGCCACAGGAAAUAAGAUAGACUAUAUUUACAACACUGACCAAAGCAAGGAUAGUCUGGUGGAUGUUCCCUUUCCAAACUCGUACCAGUACAUCGCUGCUGUGGAUUAUAACCCCAGGGACAACCUCCUUUAUGUAUGGAACAACUAUCAUGUGGUGAAAUAUUCUCUGGAUUUUGGACCACUGGACAGCAGAUCAGGGCAGGCACACCACGGGCAGGUUUCCUACAUUGCUCCACCAAUUCAUCUUGAUUCGGACCCGGAGAGACCGCCUUCGAAGGAAGUAUCGACAUCUGGGGCGCAUGGCAUGGGAAGCACCACCACCAGCACCCCUCUUCUCCUCACCGCCACGAGCACCGGGCGCACCACCACCACCUCAGCCGUGGGCAGAAGGAACAGGAGCACGAGCACACCCUCGCUGGUGGUGGAUGUCCCCGAUGAAAUGACUACACCCCUUCCACCUGCCUCCUCCCAGCUCCCCGCUGUAGGGGCAGAGAGCUGUGAGGCUGUGGAAGCCCGUGAAAUCAUGUGGUUUAGGACCCGGCAAGGACAGAUGGCAAAGCAGCCGUGCCCUAUGGGGACAGUAGGUGUUUCAACUUUCCUGUGUCUUGCUCCUGAUGGGAUCUGGGACCCACAAGGGCCGGACCUCAGCAACUGCUCUUCUCCCUGGGUCAACCACAUCACACAGAAGCUGAAGUCCGGGGAGACAGCUGCCAACAUUGCCAGAGAGCUUGCAGAGCAGACGAAAAAUCACUUGAACGCUGGAGACAUCACGUAUUCAGUCCGAGCCAUGGACCAACUGGUGGGCUUGCUGGAUGUGCAGCUCCGAAACCUGACUCCAGGUGGGAAAGACAGUGCUGCGCGCAGUUUAAACAAGCUUCAGAAAAGGGAGCGCUCUUGCAGGGCCUAUGUCCAGGCUAUGGUCGAGACAGUUAAUAACCUCCUGCAGCCGCAGGCUCUGAACGCAUGGAGAGACCUGACCGCGAGUGACCAGCUGCGUGCAGCCACCAUGUUGCUGGACACAGUGGAGGAAAGUGCCUUUGUGCUGGCCGAUAACCUCCUGAAGUCGGACAUUGUCAGGGAGAACACUGACAAUAUCCAACUGGAAGUUGCAAGGCUAAGCACCGAUGGGAAUUUGGAAGACCUGAAAUUUCCACAGAACUUGGGCCACGGAAGCGCCAUCCAGCUGUCGGCAAAUACAUUGAAACAAAAUGGUCGCAAUGGUGAAAUCAGGGUGGCUUUUGUGCUGUAUAACAACCUGGGUCACUAUCUCUCCACGGAGAACGCCAGCAUGAAGUUGGGAACAGAGGCCAUGUCAACCAAUCACUCCGUCAUAGUCAACUCCCCUGUCAUUACAGCAGCAAUAAACAAAGAGUUCAGCAAUAAGGUUUAUCUAGCUGAUCCUGUGGUGUUUACAGUCAAGCACAUCAAGCAGUCAGAAGAAAUUUUCAACCCUAACUGUUCAUUCUGGAACUAUUCAAAACACACAAUGACAGGGUACUGGUCGAAACAGGGGUGUCGGCUCCUGACCACAAACAAGACGCACACCACAUGUUCCUGUAAUCACCUCACCAACUUUGCAGUCUUGAUGGCACAUGUGGAAGUCAAGCACAGCGACACAGUCCACGACCUGCUCCUGGAUGUGAUCACGUGGGUCGGCAUUCUGCUGUCACUCGUCUGUCUCCUGAUCUGCAUCUUCACCUUUUGCUUUUUCCGCGGGCUCCAGAGUGACAGGAACACAAUUCACAAGAACUUGUGCAUCAGCCUCUUUGUGGCCGAGCUCCUCUUCCUCAUCGGGAUCAAUCGAACGGAUCAGCCAAUCGCCUGUGCUGUGUUUGCUGCCCUCCUGCACUUCUUUUUCCUGGCGGCAUUCACCUGGAUGUUCCUGGAGGGGGUGCAGCUGUACAUCAUGCUGGUGGAGGUGUUUGAGAGUGAACACUCGCGAAGGAAGUACUUCUAUCUGGUUGGCUACGGAAUGCCCGCGCUCAUCGUGGCCGUGUCAGCGGCGGUCGACUACAGGAGCUAUGGCACAGAUAAAGUAUGUUGGCUCAGACUUGACACCUACUUCAUUUGGAGCUUUAUAGGACCAGCGACCUUGAUAAUUAUGCUUAAUGUAAUCUUCCUGGGGAUUGCUCUCUAUAAAAUGUUCCAUCAUACUGCCAUCCUGAAACCUGAAUCCGGCUGUCUCGACAAUAUCAAGUACGUAAAGAAUAUGGAAAAUGCCUGCGCACACAUUGCUGUAGUGGGAAAAGUACGGAGAGCUCCAUCGGCUCAGGAAAAACAUCUGGGUCACGGACUCCUGGACGAUAUUCCACAGGCUCACAGAGCCGGAUCCGUAGAAUGUGGAAUGACACAGUUCGAAAGCAGUCCGAGUCUUCCUUUAUUACCGGAGAUAUAAACAGUUCAGCUUCCCUCAACAGAGGAGCCAUGGCUAAUCAUCUUAUAACCAAUGCUCUGCUUCGUCCUCAUGGCACUAACAACCCUUAUAAUACAUUGCUCGGGGAAUCGGCGGUCUAUAACAACCCUUCUGUCAGCAUGUACAACACACAAGAGCCCUACAGAGAGACAAAGGGGCUUCUGAACAAUGCCAGGGAUACAAGUGUCAUGGAUACUCUACCACUGAAUGGUAACCACGGCAACAGCUACAGCAUCGCCAGUGGCGAGUACCUGAGCAACUGUGUGCAAAUCAUUGACCGUGGGUAUAAUAACCACACCGAGACUGCCCUAGAGAAAAAGAUCCUGAAGGAACUCACCUCCAACUACAUCCCUUCCUAUCUGAACAACCACGAGCGCUCCAGCGAACAGAACAGGAACCUGGUGAACAAACUCGUCAACAACAUUGGCAGUGCGACCGAGGACGACGCCAUCGUCCUCGACGACGCCACCUCCUUCAACCACGAGGAGAGCCUGGGCCUGGAACUCAUCCACGAAGAGUCCGACGCCCCCUUGCUGCCGCCGAGGGUUUAUUCCGCUGAGAACCACCAGCUGCACCACUACACCAGGAGACGGAUCCCGCAAGACAACAGCGAGAGCUUUUUCCCCUUGCUAACCAACGAGCACACAGAAGACCACCAGUCGCCCAACAGGGAUUCUCUGUAUACCAGCAUGCCCGCGCUGGCUGGCAUGCCCGUCACAGAAAGCGUUACCACCAGCACCCAGACCGACCCCCCCACGGCCAAAAGUGGUGAUGCCGACGAUGUGUACUACAAAAGCAUGCCAAAUCUAGGCUCCAGGAACCACGUCCAUCAGCUACACACUUACUACCAACUGGGGCGAGGCAGCAGUGAUGGUUUUAUAGUCCCACCGAGCAAAGACGGGACUUCCCCCGAAGGGAGUUCCAAAGGACCUGCUCACUUGGUCACUAGUCUAUAGAAGAUUAAGCAAAAAUGUAAAACAACCAACAUCCCCUCCCUCUCCUCCCUAACACCUGGUUUACUGUUCUGAGUUAAUACAAGCAGUGGUAAUAUUGUGCGUACUCCUAAAUCUUCGUGCUGUUCUAAAAAACAAACGGUCAGACUUUUUUUUUUACUGGAAUUUUUAGGCCAGCCCGGGGAGAAUAAUAACUGAUGAAAUUCCAUCCCUUUCCUCCCCUCCCUCUCUCAGACAGACUUCAUUAUGUUAAUGAAAGAGAUACAACAGAUAAUGGCACACUUCGUGGCCUUCUCGAGUUAUGCUGUGUUUGUUUAAACAUCCUUGAUGCUCUGUUGCUAUUAUUACUGAGGACCUGAUUUAAAACAAAAAUAAAAGGCCAAAACGUGCAUUUGAAACUAGUAGCGAUGACGCAUCUCGGUGGGAGUGCUGCACAAAGAACAAAAAACAACAACAAAUAGCAAAACUGUUUAUUAUGAAUCUGUAUCACAUAAUGGUUUUUGGUCACUCACAACUUGAUUUAACUGCAGCGCGCUUAGCUGUGGGAGCAAACAAAACAAAAUCUAAUGAAACGGAAGGGAAUUCUAGAAUUAUAUAUGCGACGCGCAUAUUUUAUGUUUUGCUGUAUUAACUGAUGAUAAAAAAACUAAUGGCAGAAAAAAAAUUGAACAAUUUCUAUGUAAUGUACAGAUACUAGCAUUGCACAUAUAGUCUGCUUUUUGUUCCUCCAGAACUUGCGUCCCUGUUAAUGUAGUGGAAAAAAAAAAGAACUUUUUCUGUUGUGCUGGUCUUGCAAAUUUGUCUACCAGUAGGAGCAAGGUUUUUCAUAAAUCCUUUUUUGCCAUUGUUUUCUUUAAAAAUUUCACUGGGCAAAAAAACAAAAAAAAAAACAAAAAAACAAAAAAAAAGUCACUUUCUAAGGCUCGUAUUCUAGAAAUACGAUCACAAAUUCUUUCCAACCAAUGGAAUUUUCUUUUUCUCAUGCUUUCUCUUUCUUCAGUCGGUGUAUUGCCAACAGAAAAUUUUGCAGAUUAGAGCAGGGCAAACUUUAUGUUUACAGUGCACAACCCAGUAAUAAUAAUAAUAAUAAUAUGAAGCGUAUUUGGCAAGCCGUCCCUCACCCAGGCAGUAGGCACGGUACUAGAAGCCAAGAGAUCUCUUAUAGUUAUAGCUGGGCUUCUGCAUGUGAAAACAAUAUCCCUGUAGGAGUUAAGAGUCUUCAGGCCUCAGUCUGGUUCCCAAUCUAGGCACAUGUACUGCAGUGGUUAAAAAAAAAAAGAAAUUUGACUGUCGUAUAACAAGAAUUUGAAAACCAACUAUUUUGAAGUGAUUAAAAAAAUCCUCUGUUCAUUAUUUUCCUAACAGGAAAUUUAUUUAUUUGACAGGAUUUGAAGUAAUGUAGGCUUUCCGGAGGUAAAUUAGCAGCACAGAUUAUAAUUUUUUUUUAAUUUAUGAUCCAUUUUGUAUGGUCUCAAAGUUGAAUGACCUCAUUACUAAUAUUUGUUGUAAAAGUGAAACUUGUUUGCCAACCAAUAAACAACUGAUUAAGAUUUA